CACUUGGUCUCACUAUUAAUCCCCCUUUUAUCUAUAAAGCUGCUCACUUCAAUUCAAUCUUCAAAGCUUUGAAAAGAUUUCUAAAAAGAAAUAUUAUAAACUUAGAGUUUCUUUUUGCAGUUAGUGGCAUUGCAUGUGAUUAUGAAUCACUUGGUUUUAACUUUAUAAUCUAAUAAUCAAUAAUCAACUUCAUCCAUUCAUCUUAUACUUCUUUAUAAUAUCACUUAUAACUUCUCUAUACACUUGUGUAAUAAUAACCUUCUUCAUCUUUUGUAUGGUUUAAGCAUUUCUUUUCCAAAAUCAGAAUUGUAAUUUGAUAUAUUUCAUACACCAAAAUGGGUGAGGAAGCAAAACAGGAACAACCAAAGGCUGAAGCCAAGGAAGAGGAGAAGAAAGAAGAAAAGGUUGAGGAAAAGCCAUCAGAAGAAAAGAAAGAAGAAAGCAAAGAAGAAAAGCCAGCAGAAGAAGAGAAGAAAGAAGAGCCUAAACCACCAUCACCAUGUGUGCUUUUUGUGGACUUACAUUGUGUAGGAUGUGCAAAGAAGAUUCAAAGAUCAAUUAUGAAAAUGAGAGGAGUUGAGGGAGUGGUAAUUGACAUGGCUAAAAAUGAAGUGACUAUAAAAGGUAUAGUGGAGCCUCAAGCUAUAUGUAAUACAAUUACUAAGAAAACAAAGAGAAGAGCAAAUGUUAUAUCUCCAUUGCCUCCAGCUGAAGGAGAACCUAUACCAGAAGUUGUCAAUUCUCAGGUUAGUGGACCAGAAACUGUGGAACUUAAUGUAAACAUGCAUUGUGAGGCAUGUGCUGAGCAACUCAAGAAAAAGAUACUCCAAAUGAGAGGAGUUCAAACAGCAGUAACAGAGUUUAGCACAGGGAAGGUAACUGUGACAGGAACCAUGGAUGCAAACAAGUUAGUCGAUUACGUCUAUCGACGAACGAAAAAGCAAGCGAAAAUAGUUCCUCAACCCGAACCCGAAAAGAAAGAAGAAGAGGGUAAAGAAGGUGAUGAGAAGAAACCUGCAGCAUCAGCAGAAGAAGAAGCUAAACCAGAAGAGAAUAAGAAAGAAGAAGAGAAAUCACAAGAGGAACAAAAGAAAGAAGAAGGUAGUGAUGAAAAUAACAAGAAUGAGAAUAAAGAAGAAAAGGGUAGUGAAGAAGGAAAAGAAGAAGGCAAAAAAGAAGAGAAUAAUGGAGUUGUUGUUAACAUUGAUGAAGAAGGAAUUAAGAGAAUGAUGUAUUAUUAUCAAUAUCCUCCACUUUAUGUUAUUGAAAGAAUUCCACCACCUCAACUAUUUAGUGAUGAAAAUCCUAAUGCAUGUUCUAUUUCAUAAACUCAUUAUAUGAAUAAGAGAGAUAGAACAAAAGGGUUCUAAGUAGAUUCAAAAUACCAUCAAUGUUGAGGAUUUUUUGGAGUUUGGUUGGUGGAAUAUGGAAGAAUGUGUUUAAAUGGAAUCAUAUUAUAAUAAUGAGUUGAUUAAUAUAUCGUUCUGUCUUUUUUUAUGUAUGUACGACAUGUUAUUAAACUUCAGUCAUAGAUCAAUGUUGUACAAAUGCUUGUGAAAUAUGAGUAUACCUUCAACUUCUUUCUCA